AUGGCUUCUAAAACAAGCCGUUUCGUCGUGCACAGCCCCUGCCCCUGUUUUGAACCGUUUAUCGAUGCCGAUGUUUCUGCGCUACGGGAUACUUGCGUUGUCAAGCCGCGUAUGAGCUUUACGUCUGAGAGCAUGGCUUGGCGCCUGGAUCCUCCACAGCAAGCAAGCAGCACCUGGCAGCAAAAUUACAUUCUUGUUAACGCAUCGUGGCCCACAUCACAUUUGACUGAUCGCCCACGGCCUCGCAAAUGGAAGUUAUGGAACACCAGCUGGGUUGGCCGGCGGCCAGUGGAACGGGCGUGCCGAUGGGUUCAAUUUCCCGAUGGGGUGUCCGAUAGCGGCAUGCUGGAGUCAUCGGAUAAUGCUAGCGUUGCCAGCCAGCCGACAGGCCCACAAAUUCGAGGACCCCUGCUGUACGACGUUGUCGAGCGUCCACUCGAGCAGGGAACCCCUAUCCCCGCUACCAGCGGCCAAGGUUCAAAUGUCCGCUGUACAGGCAGCGGGCUUCAGCGGCAGGCCCUGCUGCAGCUUCUCGGCCCAUCCACAAGUAUGUGCCACAUUACAGGUCGCUCGUUGGUUACCCAUGCCGUGGGGCUCGCCGCAAUGCGCUUGCCAUCAUGGCAGCAAUCAGCGGACCACGCCUCCGUGGCUUAUUUGGCUCAGGCGGCCAUGAGCCAUCCCUGGCCAGCCUCCAAACGUUGUGACAGCAACGACGGGGCUGUGGGCCCACUCAACAUGGCGGAAGCGUCGUCCGCAGCGGCAACGAAGCGGUCCUCUUCCUCCAUGAAAGAACUUCAUGCCGCCUGCCUGGCAUCCGUUGCAGCUGCCCUGGUGCACCUGCCACGGGUAACAACUCAAGUCUGGGGUGAACACGGCCUGGCACUGCCAUGCGGCUCCUUCCAGUCUUGGAAGCCGACCGCGCCCUCUAACGCCGGCUCGGGCGAAGCGCCACCCUUGCAACCUUCCCAGCUUCAGCAGCAGCAUAAGUACCAGACGUAUGUGACGAGGCCGACGGCCGCAGGGCCAGCGAACCAGGCAGACGCGGACACGCCGUUUAUGCCCUCUAUUAGCCGCCGGAAUGUUUGUCAGGAGGGCCCCUCUUUGUCGCCUGCGUCGCUUACUUUCGCCGCCGGGCCGGGAGGCGCUGCUGCAGGCGCAUACCCGGCAUCGACCUCCACCGAGGCCUCCAUGGGCCUCCUCUACACGGUUGACAGGAAAGAUUCGUGCUACAGCAGCUCUGCAUUUAGCUGCAGGUGCAGCAGUAAUCCGGCCAUCGGCACACAUGAUCGUGACACGGGAGGGGACGCGGACCGGAGAGGCUCGCCGGCGCCACCCCAAAUGGCGGCUGAAGCUAUGUCCGCACAACCGGGUCGGCAGACAGCGGGUCGGGACGAUGCGGAGGCACAGGAGGAGGGUGCGGCGGAGCAGCAGGCAGAGCGACCAAAAGUAUUUGGCAACCCGAUUAGGUACUGCAAGCUGCUGUUCGCUGGCGCCAUGAGCGCCGUGGUGUCCCGCACAUGUGUGGCCCCCCUGGAGCGAGUCAAGAUGGACUUGUUGCUCAAGAACGGUACAGGGGACGCAUUCACCACAGCGGCACAGGUGCUGCGUACGGAGGGCAUUGCGGGGUUUUGGAAGGGCAACGCGCUCAACGUCCUCCGAACCGCCCCUUUCAAGGCUGUAAACUUCUUCUCGUUCGAUAUGUACCGUGCGGCCUUCCUGGCGCUUUCGGGGCGGGAGGAAAACUUUGAGCGCUUCCUGGCGGGUGCCUGCGCAGGCGUCACGGCUACGUUGGUGUGCUUCCCACUGGAUGUGGUGCGCACCCGACUGAUGGCCUCAGUGGCGGGGCCGCGCUACGGCUCCGGACCCUUCAGCACAUUGGCGGGAAUAUUGCGGAACGAGGGCGCCGCGGCGCUGUACUCAGAUGCUGGUCGGCGAGGGACCUUCAACGGGUUGAUUGCGAACUGGGGUUGCCUGCCAGCGGUGAUUGGGAUGGCGCCCGCUGGGGCCGUAUUCUACGGCGUGUACGACCUGCUGAAGCACAGACACCUGGAGAGCUUGUCGGCGGCAGGCGGUGGCAGCGUGGCCAACCCUGCCGCCGCUGCCAAUACGGCAGUGGGGGCGAGCAUGGCGACGGCGCAACAGCAACCUACGCUUGACCCGCUUUACACGCUGUUGUACGGAGCUAUGGCAGGUGCGGCUUCCGAGCUGAUUGUUUAUCCCCUGGAGGUGAUUCGACGGAAGAUGCAGCUGCAGAGCAUGGCGCUGGCAAACAUGCGGCAGGUCGGCGGCAUGCACCCGCAUCAUCACCAUCAUCACCACUUCGGUGCCACAGGAGGGGCGUCAGGGGCCUCAGGCGGCCGCCUGGCGGCUGCGGCGCAUCAUCACCACCACAAGCUACCGUACAACCUUGGGGCGCAGAAGAUGAUUGCAACUUUAUCGGCGGCGGCGGUGGCUAAAUCGCCAGGGUUGGCGCGGGUACUCGCGGCUGUCAUGGCGAUUCUGAGCACGGAUGGCCCACGCGGGUUUUAUAGUGGCCUGCUGCCCAACAUGCUGCAGGUACUUCCUAGUGCAGCACUCAGCUACUACACAUACGAUACGCUCAAGACGGUGUUGGGAGCCCAGUAG